GCUGCAGGCAGGUUGUGAGGGCGCUUUCUGCAGCAGCAUGCAUGCAUGUCCAUAGACGUCAUUUGAUUUUAAUGGCCUGCAGGAAAUUUGGCGUUACAACUCCAGACAUUAAGGCAAGAGAGAGAGGGAGAGGAAUAGAGAGCGGGAACACGGGGGAAAAAUCACGGCAUGAAAGAUAUUGGUUCAAGGAUAUCGCUUCAUUUUCAACAUAUUUUUUCCUGCUGAGACUUUAUCAACAAGUUAUUGCGUCUUUAUUAUAUGUUGCCUGAGUAAAGGACUAUGGCAGCCCGCCCGCUUUAAACUUUAAAUUUAGCUUGGAGAUGGAGAUGGAAAUGUAAUCCUACUAGCUGGACAGCCUGGGGAACUAUUACAUCAGACGAAAUGACAAUGAUUAAAAUCUGCUUUUUGCUGCUCUAAAUCUAUUGAGCGACAGACAGUUGCCUGUUAGGUUUCCUACCCCCUCGAAAUCACAACUUCACACCGUUAAGGGGAUCGGUCUACUUUUUGCCGGAAAAAAUAAGAUAAGUUAUUAUAUCUAUGUAGUCAUAAUUUCGGGAAUAGAGGGUAUCACGUUUUCUUCCUUGAGAAAAUUGCCUGGGUGAGAGAGUGUAGUUGAGCUAAUUGUAGCCUAAUCCCUGGCCCAGAGGCGCUUGGGCAGCCCGGAGCAAGAUUUUUCUUUUUUAGCUCCGCUCUGUUAUUUAGAGAAGGAUUAUUGGCUUUCUUCUUCUCAUAACAAACCACAGGGGCAGUUUCAUUUAGGCAAAAAGGCAGACAAGAAGCCGAAAUACGAAGCAGGAUUCCAAUAAGAGCGCACAUUUUACGCGUAUCCAAAUAAGAGCAGAGAAGGGGAAGGAGAUCAUCUCAUCUAUGUUCAAGGAGGGAAGAAGCAUGUCAAGGCUGUCUCUGACCCGGUCCCCGGUCUCUCCUCUGGCCGCUCAGGGGAUCCCUCUGCCGGCUCAGCUGACCAAGGCGAACGCCCCGGUGCACAUUGAUGUCGGGGGACACAUGUACACUAGCAGCCUGGCAACUCUCACCAAGUACCCAGAUUCAAGAAUCAGUCGUCUGUUCAAUGGCACCGAGCCCAUCGUGUUGGACAGCUUGAAGCAGCACUACUUCAUAGAUCGGGAUGGCGAGAUAUUCCGCUACAUUCUCAGUUUCCUCAGGACCAGCAAAUUGCUCCUUCCAGAUGACUUCAAGGACUUCCACCUGCUGUAUGAAGAGGCGCGUUAUUACCAGCUGACACCCAUGAUCAAGGAGCUCGAGCGCUGGAAGCAGGAGCGCGAGCAACGACGGAUGGCACAGCCCUGUGACUGCCUUGUGGUUCGUGUCACACCUGACCUGGGCGAGAGGAUCGCCCUGAGCGGAGAGAAGGUCCUCAUUGAGGAGAUCUUUCCUGAGACUGGAGACGUUAUGUGUAACUCGGUCAAUGCUGGCUGGAACCAGGACCCAACACACGUCAUCCGCUUUCCCCUCAAUGGCUACUGCAGGCUCAACUCCGUCCAGGUUCUGGAGCGUCUUUUCCAGAAAGGUUUCAGUGUGGCAGCAUCAUGCGGAGGUGGCGUGGACUCGUCCCAGUUUAGCGAGUAUGUGUUGUGUCGUGAGGACCGGCGAAGUCUCUCCAUUAACACGCCCAUCAGGAUAAAACAAGAACCCCUGGACUAGAGCGUUCUGGGCGAGGGACUGCCAACACCCCCACCUCCCCCUAAUACUCCUUCCAUCUUCUCACACCACCCCACCCCUGCCUACUCCAACUCCCUUCCUGCCCUAAUAGGACCACAACCACCCCCAACAUACCUAAGUAUUAGCAGAGGCUUGUUAACCUCACCAGUUCUCUGCAAAAACUCUAAGGGGAAUGUAGUACCAAACAAAGGAAAAAAAAAAGCAUCAGCAACAAAAGUUUUUGAUUAUGUUAAACAACGCCCAAAGAAUCUGGGACUGUGAUGAAAACAACAAUGACAAACGGACACCACAGCAGCUGACAGCUCAACAUUUUAACACAGUGACUGGUUGUUGUUGUUUUUUUUCCCCUUACCUUGUCAUAAAAAGGUGUCCCGAGACUCUUGGAGGGACACAGUUUCCCCCCCUCCCAUGCCUUGAACUCCAAUCCACUUCAUCAUCAGCAUACCACAUACACCCCAACCCUCUAUCUUUCGUUUCGUCCGUGUCUGUGUGUGAGGCCUCAGUCUUCUCUGACUGGUGACAAGUCUGGUCUAUUGUGGGACAAGGAAGAUUUGGCAGACAGGAUGUUUUUAAGGAUGACAACAAGAGGACAUGAUUUAAUGUUGUGAACUCCCACCCCCUCUCCCACAACCCCCAAGAUCCCACGACCCUCACCCCACAGGUCUGGCUUCAACUGUCAGGACCUCGCCAAACACGACAUCGUUUGCCAACUGAUUGUUUAUUACAAUUUUUCAUUGUUGUUUCUAAAGUAUGUUCUUCUUGCUCCUUUUGCUGUUCUUAUCAUGACAUAGUGUAAACAAUUAUUAUUAAUAGGAUUAUUUUUAAUGUCUCUGUUUUUUCUUUCUCCAAUAUGAAGGAUGUAUGAAAAUUGUAUUCAUUAGGCUCUGAGAGCUUGUGAGGGAGCUUUUCUUGGCAGUAGCUGCAGAAACUCAGAUGUCUGCAGGCUAUGUGGCUAAAGCAAUCUGACUGGCAAUGCAUUCAGAGCCAGAAAAAGUCCCAUUGUUCGAACCGGAAUGGAAGAAAACCUGGAUGUUUUGACAUUGUUUUUAGUCAAAUGUGUAGCACACAUGAAAAAAAAGAAGUGAUCCAGAAUUUCUGCUUAUUAGCUCUAAAACAUAUCUCGGGUCUCUGAUUGGAUUCUCUCACACGAGCAGAAAGGAUUUGUUCACACUUAGUUAAAGAACAUUUGUAAAUUUGAAAUUCAGGUCAAAUUUGCACACGCUCUAAGUGUAUUGCAGUUUUGUUGAGUUAGAAUGUUAAAGACUUGAGGACCAACGGAGAAAGCUGACGUUUACCAGUAUAUCUCAUAAUCAGCACGAGAUGUACUUUAAAUGCUAAAUGUUUCUUUGCACUUCAACAUUUCCAACAGAGCUGCUCGGACCUGCUCCCUCAACACACUUGCUGGAGUCCAGUGAACGGCACCAAGUCAAGCUGAUUCUCCUCUCGUGUUUUAGGAGACUGUGACAUUAAAAUAUUUAAAACAGAAAGAAAAAAAACUCCAACUGAACAAACACUCUGGUACCAAAGUAGACAAGGUGCCUGUUUUGUUGAUUGUACAAAUAUAAAGAUGUUCUUUGUUGCAGUUUAUAGCAAAAUAAGACUAAAUGCAUUAUUCAGAGCUGUAUGAAGGGUACCAAUAUUUGAUCCUCCAGGCCGCCAGUCUUGACAGUUUUCUUGAGAGUAGCUCACAGAACCUCCAGACCAAGUUUGAAAGACAAGGUCUCUGUUUCAGGAUUGUCACUUCUAAGUGAAGAUUAUUUCAUCGGUUCUUCACAUGUAUGUAUGGCAGAACCCAAACUGAACUAUACUCACAGCAUCAGCAUAUUAUUCACAAAGAGGCGUGUGGGCGGCAUUUACUCUAUCCUGCUCUCAUUCUUUUGGUCUUAUUCUCAACAUUUCUGGAUCAAAGACAGAAACAAGAAAGGCCAAGUUUUCAUGCUUUAUAUUUGUGUGUAACUUACAGAUGCUGUUUCUUCCAUUCCAAAAGACUGAGGAGAAAAAAGAAGCCCAUUCUGAUCUUUGUGGGUGCUGGCAGUUUUUUGAGUUAAACUGGGGUUGUUUUUAGCAGUCCAUUAAAAAUGGGCGGCGGUUGUUCAGACUAUGUUGUUUGUAAUAGAAUAUCUAGUUUUUCUGGAUGCUGCUGAUUAAAAGAGGCCAAUUAGUGGGUGAAGAUGGACUGAGUAUAAGUGUUGCUUCAAGUCAAAUGCAGUCCUCCCUGCGGGUCUUUUUUUUAAAAUAUACAAUCAAGCCCUUUGUUCUGACCUGCCAGUGGCCUGCGCCUUUGUAUCUAGUCGCCUCAAAGGGAAUGGUCAACCAGCCCUUUCAUGUGCCAAGGCAUGUUGGGCGCUUCACAGUCAUCUUCACCCCCCUCUGCUUCCCUGAAGGCUCCAAGCUCAGUGGUGCCAGUAGAAACACGGGUUGUACCCCCUGCUGCUGUGUCAUCCCUCAUGCCCCAUUUUCAAAAUGCCCUCCCACGCCAUAGCUCGUUGGACCACACCACAGCAAACCAAACAAACUGAUGAGUCAAAAUACGAACAUACUCCGAGCAGACUGUACUGUGCAGCCAGUCCACUUUACUGUGGUGUAGAUGCGAAGAUCUUUGAUUCAUGUGAUAUGAGGUGUGGAACUCCAUCUGGGUAGUUUCUUGAGGAAGAGUGGUAAAAAUCAGUGAUCAGUGUUCUAAAACUACACGUACAAGAACAACUUUUUCAAGAAGGAGGAAAAGAAAGCAGUUUUAGUUUGCCUCCCUGAAUUGGUACGUUGAAUUAUACAAUGGACUCUAAACAACUUCCGAGAGCUAAGGGGUUACGCAUUUGAAAUAAAAAAUAAACAAAGAUUUGUAUUUGUGAGAAAAAAAGAGUAGAUAUGGGUUUCUGCAAUAAAACCUCAGUAUACAAAUAGCAGGUUAUCUACAGAGACAGGAACGUGUAAUUGGACUGGAAAGUUCAUAGACAUGUUCACACACCACCCAUUAAGUUAAAAUACUGGUCAGUGUUCAGCCUGUCCACACGGCAUUUGCUCCACUUCUGAGGCGGGUCAGUUGUACAGUUAUUGUAAAUUGAAUUAUCAGGACGCUGGGUUUUAUGGGACCCUCAUGUUUUUAAGAGACAUCUCAGUCCUCUUCAGAAAAAGAAUGAAAAGAAUUCAAAGCGUAACAUUGUGUAAAUAUGGAUUAAAACAUUUCAAAGGGUAUAAUAAGGUGCAAAUGUAUAUUAUUUAAAGUGUUUAAAAACCAUUAGACUGUGGUAUUAAAGGGCAUGUGUUCAUUUACAGUGUCUCCAUUUGACUUUUCUUGCAUAUUUGCGAUAAUAAAAGGAUGUACUGUAUAUCUGACA